GGGCGGCGACGAUCGAUAGGGCGGGCGCGGCGCUGCAGUCGGCAUACACCGCCGCCUGACGCCUGCCGUCCUAGCCUUCCGACACUUUAGCGACCGCUCGCGUCGCGAUAACUCGCGACGAUGCGCGGCGACCGCGCCGCGCGCGACACGCGCCACAAUAAAGAUCACGAAAACUUAAAAUCAUCACUGAAAAAGGGCACCAAAUCUAAAAAGCACCGAGUUAUAUUUGAUGAGAGCGCUAACGAAUUUUUUGAAGCGGAUUACAUUAUCGUGGUGCGCGAUGAAUGUGGAUACUCUGAUGAGGGUGAAGGCGAAGAAUGCUCGGGUUGUGGCGCGUGCGAGCGGUACCAGGAGCCGGAGCCGGGUGCGCUCAGUCCACCAGAAGGCUACAAAGACAUGGGCCUCUUCAAUCGCGACGGCACUUUGCGCGAGCAAGCCUGGUGGGAAGCCGGCGAUGUGCUGCUGGUGGGCGAGCGCUCGGGCACGGUGUUCACGCCGCAGCACCUGCAGCUGCUGCGGCGGCUCCAGCGCGAGAGGAUGCUGCGCUCUACCAUCUGUGCUGACUGUGACGCGCACGCCGCUCUGCACCAGCCUCUAGAAAUGGAAUACAGCUAUGAAGAGGAGGAGGGGAGUGACGUGGAGACCGAUUUGCGGCCGGUCGCUCGCCGGACGGCCAAGCACAUCGCCGCUGGGGAAGAACGACCGCGGAUCAAUUCCAGCCAACAGACCACCCCCACCGAUGAGUGCAACCCGGAGAUCUGUGUGGAAGAGACGAAGCCUGAAAUGCCAUCAGCCCCGCUAACCAGCGAAGAUAGCGACACGGCGGAUACCGACGGCAGACUAUCUUCCGAGUGCUCGCCGUUACCGCAGCGUCGGGGUGGAAUAUUAAAAGGGGGGAGGCUUUGGAAGUCGUUGGACACAGACAAGGACAUAAAUGAACAGAAUGAUGAUCAGCGGUCCACAACCACUGCCAGCGACGAAGACGGUUCCAUCACACCACGGUCUGUACGAUUUUUAGAAAGACCAAAAGAUUCAGAGGAGGAGCAUCCAAAGAAAGAACCAGAAGCGGUUCACACUCAAACAGAAAAUAAUGAAACUACAACACAACAAAAGGAAUAUAACUCCACAAGUGGAACUCACAGACUGGAGACGCCACUCAUCCUAACGAUCAACGCGCCCAAAGCUAAUUCGGCGGUUCAGCAGUUGUUCAACAGCGGCAGACCGCCACCGCCCGCCAUCGAACCACAGUUAGUCACUUCUGAAACGCUGAGGGCAUGGGAUGCGGGCGUCAGACCCAAGACUGAGGAGGCAGCGGUACGCCGCGUAGCUGAAAGAAAUGCAUUACGCUGCUCUUUACUCCGUAGCGAAGCCAGGAAAAAACAGCAACCAAAGGAAACGACGUCCCUCGCCGAGCGCAUUCGUUUACUGACUUGUGAUGUCGAAGAUGAGCCGGAGGAGCAGAGAGCAUCGCCCGCCGGAGCCAAUGUCGACAAGAUGUCGAGCAGCAGCGACAAAUCGAGCGACAAGUCCUACAAUAGUAUCGACAAAAACAGCGAGAAAGCUUUCGGCAGCGCAUCGUCGAGCUCGUCGUCAUCGACAAUAUCAGUGCCCCUGCCCACACGCCAGCUUCCCCCCGACUUGGGUGACGUACAUCAGGAGCCACAAAAGCCAAAGUCAGAACCGAGGCGACAGUUCCUAUCUACACUAGCUCCGUUGACCGCCUGCGUGGGAAGUGCAGCUCAUCACGAGGGCUUCUACUACGUACCUCCUGGAGAUCGUACGUCGGCAUCAUCAGCCACUAACCUAGACUUACAGGAGCAUACAGACGCUCCAGCACCGGACGUAGUUGCAGGAACUCCUGGAGCUGGUGAAGGCGAUGACGGUCUGGCUGCUUUCGCUAGAGCUACUGCUCCAAGGACUGAAAGACUGAGGCAGCGAUACGGCCAGGAGUCACAACCCGUCAGCAGCGACGAUGAACAUGACGACUACGGUUUCCAUCGUCGACCAGCUGUUCGCGGUAUUGCUAUAAAGCAGCAGCUUGGCGCAUCCGACGAUAUAUUGCAACAAAUGCAAAACGAAUUGCAGCCAUCUCCAGGCACGACACCGCAACAAAUGCCGCCUUCCCAUGCAUGCCAACGCACAAACUCCAACUAUUCUUGGCCUUACUAUUCUGAAGCCAAUCUUAAUUCACGGCCGCAAAGCAGAACUAGUGCAAAUUCGAACUGGUCCAAAUCGUCCGACUAUAUGCCUUCGCGACCGUGCCAGAGUACUCCCGUGCCCCAGCAACACUCGGACGCUUGCUACGCCCACGCACAGAACAUGGCGUCCUACGCACAUUAUCAGCAACAGCGGCAGCAGCAGGAGAGCAUGUAUCGCAAUUGUUCUCUCUACGCCAAUAUCGGCUCCCAAACGAGCUCGGAACAGACAUCUCCGGUGCGCGCUGUGCCUCGAUGCCGCCGUCCGGAAUCUCCACCACCAAUCCGGAGCCACCAUCAACUGCUUUACCUGCCAUACAGUUCCCACUAUCAUUACCAACACCAUGCAGACUACGGUCAGCAGCAAUGGCAGCAGGCUAACGACUACAACCGCAUGCACUCGUAUUAUCAGCAGCAAGCCCGCAGCGGUGCGAGCACGCCGCAACCGGCCGCGGCUCAGCCACAGCGAGCACACUACACACAUGCGCUUCAAUUACAGACGCUCUGUCCUGCACCCGCGCGAUACAGGCCUGUGCCAGCCCCUCAACCUGGAGGUGGAAAGCAAAUGAUUUGCUACUCUGAGAAAGUGGCGGCUCCGAUGUAUCAACCGGCACCAGGGUCCCCAUCCAGAGCUGCCAGGGGGGCUCCAGAGGGUGCGCCAUCUGGAGUAUCGGCACAGCAAGCCACGUCACCCAUGGCACCUCCCCCUAACCCCGUCUAUUAUGCCAUGAACGUCUGACGGGGGGACUAGGUGAGAAUCGUGGUGGGCCCCACAGGAGAGGUCCGUGUCAGUAUUCAGCCACCAGAGAACACAGUCAUUCCCACAAAGAAAAAAUAAAAGUUGUUGUCGAUCCCUGCACAAACAGGAGUUUAAAAAAUGUUUACCCUAAAUGAUAACUGUCACGUUAACAGUUAUAUAAUUGUAUGUCGAUGUAUAUAAAGUAAUUUGUCCAUGUUAUUAUAAUUCUUGAGUAUCAGAAAUGUUUUAGGUGAGAAUAAUCAUAAGAUUCAUAAGUAGUUCUGUGAAUAUAAACCUUUUUUGGGACCGAUACAACAAAAUCACCACGUCUUCGUUGUAUAAUUAUUAAUGUAAAUAAUAAUAGUUAUAUGUGUGUAUCUAAUCAAGUUUGUGCGUGUUCAGAUAAGCAAUAAUUUAUAUGCAACUCUUCGCAAAUCUCAUUUUCUGAUUAUUAUUCUUGUUCUCCUUAAACCAAAAUUAAUUACCAAAGAUUUAUUGUGUUACUCUAUACCAAAUUAUAUACCAAAGUGUAAAAAUAUUUUAUUUUAAGUUUUUUAUGGUAAUACUACAUUAUUAUUAAUAGAAUAGAUUGAUUGAU